AUGGGCUCUCCCAAAGCAUCUCAACUACGCCUCGGCGAUGGCGUCUACGUCCCCACCCUUGCCUUCUUCACCCCCGAGGACGAAGUUGAUGUUCCAGCUCUGGAGAAACACAUCGUCAAGCUUGUCGAGGCGGGAGUAGCCGGCAUUGUUGUCCACGGUUCCAAUGGCGAAUGCGCCCACCUCUCCCCCUCAGAACGCACCACCAUUAUUCGCGUUGCUAGGGAUGCCAUCUUCCACGAAGCCAGCGGUACUCGUGUUCCUCUCAUUGCAGGCUGCGGAGCUCAGAGCACGAGGGAGACAACUGAGCUGUGUGAGGAUGCUGGCAAGGCUGGUGCUACUCACGCUCUCGUGCUACCUCCUAGCUACUACGGUGGUCUUCUUCCUGAUGAGCUUAUCAUCCAGCAUUUCUAUACCGUGGCCGAUAAGAGUCCUAUUCCUCUUCUGGUGUAUAACUUCCCCGGCGCCGCAGCUGGUCGAGACCUCUCAUCGGACACGAUUCUCACCAUCGCCAAGCACCCCAACGUCGUCGGCGUGAAGCUCACAUGCGGCAACACAGGCAAGCUCGCACGCGUUGUAGCCGAUUGUCCUGAAGGAUUCUUCGUCAGUGGCGGCAGCGCCGACUUCAUCCUCCAAGGCCACGCAGUAGGCGCCAACGGGACCAUCUCGGGGCUCGCAAACCUCUGCCCCAAAGCCUGCGUGCGCAUCACAGAACUCGCCGAGAAGGGAAACUGGAAGGAAGCACGACAGCUCCAGGCCAAGGUGGCCAAGGCUGACUGGACGGCUAUCAAGACAGGCUUCGUGGGCGUCAAGGCAGCCCUGGGCCACUUCUCCGGCUACGGAGGCGAGCCCCGACGACCAUGCGUUGCGCCAUCACAGAAGGAUCUUGAUACUAUCACCCAAGGGUUCCAGGAGGUGAUGGAUCUCGAGGCUACACUGUGA